AUGAAGUCUGGAAUCCUCGUCGCCGUCGCUGGCGCCGCCGCGGUGACCUCUGUCACUGCCUUCUCCUUGCCCUUUCACUUCGGCCGCCGCACCGUCCAGGGCCACGGAUACCUCAGCAUUCCGGUUAACGAGGUCAAGCCCGAUAUGAGCGAGUUGUCUAAGCGCGAUGCUUUCGAGGUUCUCAUCAACAAUCGCCAGUUCUACUAUUCUAUGGACAUCAUGAUGGGUACUCCGGGUCAGAAGGUUACGGUCCUCCUCGACACCGGCUCCUCGGAACUCUGGGUCAACCCCGACUGCAGCACCGCUUCCACCGCCAGCCAGGCCCGUCAGUGCUCUGCCGCCGGCCAGUAUGUUCCCCGUAACAGCAAGACCCCGCCCAUCGGUCCCUUCGAUUCCCGGAAGCUCAACUACGGCGACCCUUCCCAGCCGUCGACCCAGACCAGCGCCGAGAUCGCCUACUACAGCGACACUAUCGGCCUCGGCUCCGGCACUGUCCUCAACCAGACCUUCGGGGUCGUCACCAAGAGUAGCGGCAUAGCAACCGGCAUCCUUGGCCUCGCCCCCGAUCUGCGCAGCGGCUACGCUCCUGGCAAGCCCUACAGCCUGGUUCUCAACAGCCUGAAGGACCAGGGCGUCAUCAACGUCCGCGCCUUCUCCCUCGAUCUGCGUCACGCCGGCUCGGACACUGGUGCUCUCAUCUUUGGCGGCGUUGAUAAGGGAAAGUACAUCGGUAAGCUCGAGAACGUCCGCCUCAUCGCCGGUUCGCGCAACGAGCCUCGCCUUGCCGUCACGCUCGGUGGACUGGGUCUCUCCCUGCCCAACACCCAGACCAAGACAUACACCAUCUCCGACGACGACAAGAACGUGAUGCUCGACUCCGGCACCACGCUCACCCGCCUCCACCCUUCCCUCGCGAACCCCAUUCUCGCAGACCUCAAGGCCACAGCCGAUAGCGACGGAUACUGGGUCGCCGACUGCAACCUCCGCACCCCGCCCCUGUCCAACGGCGGCAGCGACGCCUACGUCACCUUCCAGUUCGGCCGCAAGGUGCUCCGCGUGCCCCUCAGCGACUUCAUCCUCGACAUCGGCCCCAAGACGGGCGUCUGCUACGUCGGGCUCGUCACUACCAGCGACCAGCAGAUCCUCGGCGACAGCGUCCUGCGCGCGGGCUACUUCGUCUUCGACUGGGACAACCAGGCCGUCCACAUCGCGCAGGCCUCGAACUGCGGCAAGGAGCAGAUCAUCACCCUCGGCAAGGGCACGAGCCCCGUCCCGGACUCGGCUGUCGGGCUCUGCGAGGGUCCCUCGGGCGACGUCGACAGCAGCAGUGGAGGUUCAACGACAGUAAGUACCACCACUACCACCGCCAAGCUUCAAGUAUCGACCGGACCCAUCGACGCCCACGAUACUUCUUUUUCAAUCUCCUUUACUUUGCCGACCUACGGGCCUUUCACGCCCACUGCUUCUACCUCUGUCUCUGCCACUACCACUGCUGCUGCGACUGCUCAAGAAACCUCAAAGACAUUGACACCUUCUUCUUCUCAGACGACCUCCUCCUCCGGCACCGGCACACAAGGCACAUCCUCGUCCACCACCUCCUCGAGCGACGCACACUCCGCGGCUUUCUCCUGGGCCUCCGACUCUAGAGACCUUUGUCUGCUCGUCGGCAGCCUCAUGACGUUGGCGGCUGUCCUUUGGAAUGUCCAAGACCCUUUCUUUGGAUAA